AAGUCAAUGGGGGGCCAGUGUUGUUUGAUCACCAUGCACUGUUUUAUAUUUUCUUGUGUACUGCAGAAAACAAGUCAUGCAGAUUUGGAACGACAUGAGUAAAUGACGUUUACUUAAAUAUUUUUUUUAUUGAGGGGUAAACUAUCCCAUUAAAGAUAUAAGACAAGAUUAAAGACAAAUACAUAAUUUUUUUAGGUUAUUUUGACAAAAUAAGUUUGAAUUAUUUGAGGGAUGAUGUUCAUUUCUACAUGUUCUAAUACUGCCUAAAAUGAAUUAUCAAUAAGCAAUAAUACAUGUAUUUAUUCAUCUUAAUUAUAAAUAAUAUAUAGGCCAAUAUAAAGCCUUGUUGUGUUACAGUUUUAUCAGUUAGCAGCAUAAGUACAAUGUGAUCUUGCCUGUGAAGUAGGCACUUAGUUCGGGUGCCUGACUCAGUCCCCAAUACAACCACUUCCUUUUGCAUUGGGCCCCACAAAUGACCACCUACCAACCUCCCCGCCCCAUCCGAAACUUAACAUACUUAACAUAAAGAUAUUUACAAACACUUUCGAAAAAGUGAUGUGUAUGGAGUACCUGUGAACAUAAUGGAGCCAAAGCUCACCUGGUUGAUAUUUUCCUGUCUGAUCAGUCAGGUGCAUUUAGACCUCUCAGUGCAAGAAAUUUCACUCCUGGACACAGAUAAGAACCCAAAAUGUUUUACCAGGGAUUUAGAAAGCUUCACUUGCUUUUGGGAAUCAACAGUGGGAAAAUCAUUUUAUUUUAUCUACAAAUUUGAGGGCUCUGAAGAAGAAAUAAGGUGUGAUGUAAAACAACAGCUUUUAAAGAACGACGAGGUCCUAAAUGUUUGCGACUUUCCACCUAGCGAUGUGUAUCUGUUGAUCGAGACACAGAUAAGAGUUGUAGAUAUCGACACCAAUUCAACUGUCUACAACCGCAAUGUCAGUGUGGAAAUCCAGCUUCUUCUGUAUCCUCCCUCAAAUAUAACGCUCUGCCCGACUGGAGAGGUUGGGCAGAUGUUAGUUGACUGGAAACCACCAAAACAAUUUUGGGGAAAAGCACAGUAUGAAAUUCGUUAUCAUUCUAAAACAAAACAGAACAGCAAAGAACUGGUGUCAGGAUCUUCUCAUAAACUCACUUCUUUGGUUCCAGGAGAAAACUGCACAAUGCAAAUGAGAGUCAGGCCUGUAAAAGGGUUUUGGAGUGAUUGGUCAAGUAAUGUAACUGCUAUGGUUCCACAAUCUUCAGAUGACAUAAAAUUGUGGUGCCGCACUGCUGAUCUGAACCAACUAUUAUGCAAAUGGAGUACAGAAAUAUAUGAGGGCAGAUACAACCUACAUUACAGACAAACAAACAGAAGUUCGUGGAGCAGUUGGAAGGUGUGUUCAGAAGAGCACAACACUGUCAGUCAGUGUGUGCUGCAUGGUGAGGAGUCCACUGUCUAUCAGAUAUAUCUAAGCGCUGGUUUGGAACAAUUUGGUCGAACCUUUUACAGGAAGACGUUCAGUAUGAACAGCACCAUCCAAACAGAGCCUCCAAGAAGACUUUGGGCAGAAAUUGAAGGAUCAAGGCUUUGUUUAAAUUGGGAUCCACCCUUAAUGAUGAUUUCUGAAUAUCUAAUGUACCAGAUCCAGUAUAAACUUCAAGGAGACAAUAGGUGGAAGAUUUUCACAGUCCCCAGUUCCAAGAUCAGCACCUGUUUGGAUGUCCAACAGGGAAGUGAAUACACCAUCCAGGUGAAAGCACGGCCUGAUGGUUCGAUCUAUAGCGGAUACUGGAGUGACUGGACAGAACCUCUCACUGUCCACUUACCUUCAGGCAAAGAGUGGAUCUUCAUCGUCUGUGUACCACUGGCUUUACUUAUCAUUGCUUUUGGAAUCAUCUCCUUGUUCUACAGAUAUUUCAGUAAGGUCAAGCAGACUCUGUGGCCAUCAGUCCCGAACCUGAACAAGGUGUUAGAGAGCAUCCUGACAGAUUUCAAUGGAUCACACUGGGAGCCAUCAUUCAACAUCAAGCAAUGUGAAGAUGACACUUAUAUAUCAGUGGUGGAGAUUCUAUCAGAGGCUGAUGUUGCAAGAAAACCAUGCAAGGUAUCCACCUGUCUUUCAGUCCCUGAGCAGGCCUUCUUGGUUGAUGAAAAGGAGAAUUUCGUGGAGGACUUGGAGAUUGUACAAGAUUAUGUGCUUUUAAAAAACAACGAUACAAUCCCAUGUUUUAGAGGUAAUAACUAUACGGUCAGAGAUAUUGCUUUUUCUCAUUUGACCGUUGAAAAACUCAACUGCAGCCCCUCUCAAGAAACCACCACCAAUAUUCUUAACCAUUCAUAUCUCCUUUCUGAACAACCUGAGCUUCAAGAAGAGCAUUCAGCCCGUCGCUAUACAAACUUGGAGAUAACGGCAAGAUCCAUAAUAACAAAUGGAGAGUAAGGAUGGUUUAAUCGGUCAUAACUAAGCCUUCUUAAAAUCAUUAAGAUGAACAUUGUCUCUAAAGUGUUCUGGGUUAGCCCGUACAAAUACAAAAACUCAGCAGAUGGGAGCAAAGUCUGAGAUAAGUUUGACUUGUGUUUCUUGAAUGAUAGAUGAGGUUGACCAAACGGAACACUGUUAUAGUACAGUUAUACAUAAGCAGGAGUUCAAUGUUGUGUAAGAUGUGUGAACAUUUGCGUAAUGUGUGAAUCAGCUAACUGUAAGAUCAUAUGGCUUGCAAAGACAUAUUGAACAGCGGAGAUCUACUUGGACAUCAAUAACAGUCCAGAGUAAAAGCAUUGCUGCUCUUAAACGAAACAUUUGUAUGUUAAUGACUGUUGAUUGAGUCAAAAUUAUUUUCUGUUACGAGAGAGUGUGUGGGACCUUAUUAAUAAAGUGUUAUGGGACCCAAACAAGUUCACCACCAAUCCCCCGCCCCCCAAUUGAUUCCAUUCAAAGUGUACAAAGAGUAAAAUACAGGUUUUGAAUGAUAGGGACAGUGAAAAAACAUUUUCGGUUGCACUUUAUUUUACAGUACUACAGUGUGCUUAUAACGUACUUACAGUGUACUUACCUAAGAAAGUACUAGGAAGUAUAAGGUAAUGUAAAUUAAGAGGUAGGUUCAGGAUUAGUACCUAGUUAUCACCCAGUUAUUAUAUAUAUUGUAAUAAGAACAAAGCCUGUACAUGGGACUAUAUGGUCUACCAAAAUAUCUGUUCAUUGGUGAAUUCUCUUUAACAGUGUAAUAUGCUUUGGUUCUAAUUGAUUGUACCUUCAGUAAUUAUGCUUUCUAUAUUUUGUUGUAACACUUUGUGUAAUGAUUAUGACAUAAAACAAAAAAGCUUCAUAUUUUGGACUUUGAGUAAACAGCUUUAUUGUAUGAAGAUGACACAAAAGACGCACGUAAAAUCUGAAUAAAUCAACGUUCUGUACAUUUAAAGGUAUUAAAUUAUAAAUGUGUGAUUUUUGCUUGCGUAAUAAAAUGUUUUAAAACUG